UUACACGAAACCAAUAUCAACAUAAUGUAAAAUAACCAGCGACCGACGUGAUAGCGUUUGUUUCAGGUGCUAUUCCUGUUGUGACAAAAAUUUGACGAAAGAAAUAGGUCUCCGCCAGACCCGUGUUGCACAACAAAGAUGGCGUACACAGGCGAUUCAAACGCAACAAUGAGAGACGUGAAGAGGGUCCAGUUCGGCAUUCUGAGUCCAGAUGAAUGUCGGCGUAUGUCCGUUACCGAAGGGGGUAUCCGAUAUUCAGAGACAAUGGAAGGUGGACGUCCCAAACUUAAUGGGUUGAUGGACCCUCGACAGGGAACUAUAGACAGAACAUCCAGAUGUCAGACCUGUGCUGGCAAUAUGUCUGAAUGUCCAGGUCACUUUGGUCACAUAGAAUUGUCAAAACCAGUUUUCCAUGUUGGAUUUUUCACAAAGACUAUUAAAGUGCUGAGAUGUGUGUGUUUCUUCUGCUCAAAAUUGUUGGUGGACCCGACAAAUCCAAAAAUAAAAGACAUUCUGGCCAAGUCAAAGGGGCAGCCUAGAAAAAGAAUGGCCCAUGUGUAUGAAUUAUGUAAAGGGAAAAAGAUCUGUGAGGGAGGAGAUGAAAUGGACACAAAAUUGGGAGAACAACAAAAUCGAGAGGGUGAUGAAGAAAAAACGGGCCAUGGUGGUUGUGGUCGCUUCCAACCUCGCAUCAAAAGAACAGGUUUGGAACUGGUAGCAGAAUGGAAACACGUCAAUGAAGAGAGUCAAGAGAAAAAAAUAAUGCUGACAGCAGAGAGAGUUCACGAGAUAUUCAAAAGAAUAUCAGAUGAGGAGUGUCUGGUGAUGGGAAUGGAGCCAAAGUUUGCUCGUCCAGACUGGAUGAUUGUCACAGUGAUGCCAGUACCACCUCUAUCAGUUAGACCAGCUGUUGUCAUGUUUGGUGCAGCAAGAAAUCAGGAUGAUUUAACUCACAAGUUAUCAGACAUAAUCAAGGCCAACAAUCAGCUGAAGAGGAACGAACAGAACGGAGCAGCAGCUCACAUUAUAUCGGAGGACACCAAGAUGUUGCAGUUCCAUGUGGCCACACUCACUGAUAAUGAAAUGCCUGGUCUCCCAAAGGCUGUACAGAAAUCAGGUCGACCUCUAAAGUCUGUUAAACAAAGGUUAAAGGGUAAGGAAGGGAGAGUGCGAGGCAACUUAAUGGGAAAGCGUGUGGACUUUUCUGCCAGAACUGUCAUUACCCCUGAUCCAAACCUCAGGAUUGAUCAGGUUGGGGUACCUAGAAGCAUAGCCCAGAACAUGACAUUCCCAGAAGUAGUCACACCUUUCAAUAUAGACAGAAUGCAUGAGCUUGUGCGGAGAGGGGCAAAUCAGUACCCUGGAGCCAAGUAUAUUCUACGAGACAAUGGGGAGAGGAUAGACUUAAGAUUUCACCCGAAAGCCAGUGACCUCCAUCUGCAGAUAGGUUACAAGGUUGAAAGACACAUGCAAGAUAAUGAUUAUGUGGUGUUCAACAGACAGCCAACUCUCCACAAAAUGAGUAUGAUGUGUCAUAGAGUGAAGGUGUUGCCCUGGUCAACCUUCAGAUUGAAUCUGAGUGUAACCACUCCUUACAAUGCUGAUUUUGAUGGGGAUGAGAUGAACCUCCACUUACCACAGUCCCUGGAAACAAAGGCAGAAAUAUCUAACCUUGCCUUGGUCCCUAGGAUGAUCAUCACACCUCAGUCCAACAGACCUGUCAUGGGUAUUGUGCAGGAUACACUGACCGCUGUCCGAAAGAUGACUAAGAGAGAUGUUUUCAUUAACAGGGGUGAGAUGAUGAACCUACUGAUGUUUCUGCCAACAUGGGACGGUCAUGUUCCUCAGCCUGCAAUCCUGAAGCCUAAGCCACUGUGGACAGGGAAACAACUGUUUUCUCUUAUCAUCCCAGGUCGUGUCAAUUGUAUCCGAACCCACAGCACACACCCAGACGAGGAGGACUCGGGCCCAUACAAGUGGAUUUCUCCUGGAGACACCAAGGUGUUGAUCGAGGAUGGCAUGCUGAUUAGUGGAAUUCUGUGCAAGAAGACCCUUGGUACAUCGAGCGGUUCCCUGCCCCAUGUGGUGUUCAUGGAGAUGGGAUACGAGGUAGCUGGCCUUAUGUAUGGCCAUAUCCAGACUGUUGUAAAUAACUGGCUCCUGCUCGAAGGACACAGUAUUGGGAUUGGAGACACCAUUGCUGAUCCUCAAACAUACAUAGAUAUCCAGGACACAAUCAAGAAAGCUAAGGUGGAUGUGAUAGACGUUAUUGAGAAGGCCCACAAUGAUGAACUGGAGCCAACACCAGGAAACACGUUGCGUCAAACUUUUGAAAACCAGGUGAACAGAAUUCUCAAUGAUGCUCGUGACAAAACUGGAGGAAAAGCUCAGAAGUCCUUGUCAGAUUUCAACAACUUCAAAGCUAUGGUGGUAGCUGGAUCUAAGGGGUCCAAAAUUAACAUUUCACAGGUUAUUGCCUGUGUAGGGCAGCAGAACGUUGAAGGUAAACGUAUCCCAUUUGGCUUUCGACAUCGAACACUGCCUCAUUUCAUCAAAGAUGAUUAUGGUCCGGAGUCCAGAGGAUUUGUGGAGAACUCUUACCUGGCUGGUCUGACACCAUCUGAGUUUUACUUCCACGCCAUGGGAGGGCGAGAAGGACUUAUUGAUACUGCUGUGAAAACUGCUGAAACUGGGUACAUUCAGCGACGUCUGAUCAAGGCUAUGGAGAGUGUGAUGGUGAAGUAUGAUGGCACAAUCAGAAACCAGGUAGAGCAGUUGGUCCAGUUGACUUACGGAGAGGAUGGACUUGAUGGCACUGGUGUCGAGUUUCAGUCACUACCAACACUCAAACCCUCCAACAAGUCCUUUGAGAAGAAGUUCAAGUUUGAUGCCUCAAAUGAGAGAAACAUGCGAAAAUGUCUAACCGAGGAUAUCAUUAAGGAGCUUAUUGGUGAUGCCCAUGCCAUAUCUGAGCUGGAGAAGGAAUGGGAUCAGCUACGUGAUGAUCGUGAAGUGCUGCGAAAGAUCUUCCCCAUGGGAGACAGCAAGGUGGUCCUGCCUUGUAAUCUGGCAAGAUUGAUCUGGAAUGCACAGAAAAUUUUCAGGAUCAACAAGCACAAACCUACAGAACUACAUCCUGUCAAAAUAGUGUCAGGUGUUGCUGAUUUGUGUAAAAGAUUGAACACGGUCCCUGGAACUGACCGACUCAGUGUCCAGGCAAAUUACAAUGCGACCAUUCUGAUGAAGUGUCUGGUUCGGUCCACUCUGUGUGCCAAACGAGUGACUGAAGAGUUCAGACUCAGCUCUGAAGCAUUUGAAUGGCUGCUUGGUGAAAUUGAGACACGCUUUCAACAGUCUCAUGUACAACCAGGAGAGAUGGUUGGAGCAUUGGCUGCUCAGUCACUUGGAGAGCCUGCCACACAGAUGACACUUAACACUUUCCAUUAUGCUGGAGUAUCUGCCAAGAAUGUAACACUUGGUGUACCCAGACUCAAGGAAAUCAUCAACAUCUCCAAGAAACCCAAGACCCCAUCUCUUACUGUGUACUUGACUGGCCAGGGAGCUAGGGAUGCUGAAAAGGCCAAGGAUGUACUCUGUCGACUUGAACACACCACGUUGAGGAAAGUCACAGCAAACACAGCUAUUUAUUAUGACCCAAAUCCUCAAAACACAGUCAUUUCAGAGGACCAAGAGUGGGUGAAUGUUUAUUAUGAAAUGCCAGACUUUGAUGUGUCCAGGAUUUCACCCUGGCUACUCCGAAUUGAACUGGACAGAAAGAGGAUGACAGAUAAAAAACUUACCAUGGAGCAAAUCUCAGAAAAGAUCACUGCAGGUUUUGGAGAUGAUCUGAACUGUAUCUUCAAUGAUGACAAUGCUGAGAAGUUAGUGCUCAGAAUUCGAAUAAUGAAUUCAGAUGAAAGCAAAAUGCAAAGUGAUGAAGAGAUUGUUGACAAGAUGGAAGAUGAUGUUUUCCUCCGAUGCAUUGAGUCCAAUCUGCUCUCUGACAUGACCUUGCAGGGAAUAGAGGCUAUAGCAAAGGUGUAUAUGCAUCUCCCCAAUACUGAUGACAAGAAGAGGAUAUUCCUUACAGAAGAUGGAGAGUUCAAAGGAGUUGCAGAAUGGAUUCUGGAAACAGAUGGAACUGCAUUGAUGAAAGUUCUCAGUCAGCGUGAUGUUGAUCCUAUCCGGACAACCAGCAAUGACAUUGUUGAAGUCUUUGCAACGCUUGGCAUCGAGGCUGUGAGAAAGUCUAUCGAGAAAGAGAUGAACCAUGUCAUUUCCUUUGAUGGUUCGUAUGUCAACUACCGUCACUUGGCUUUGUUGUGCGACGUGAUGACUGCCAAAGGUCACUUGAUGGCUAUCACUCGUCAUGGAAUCAACAGACAGGAGACAGGCGCACUGGCUAGAUGCUCCUUUGAAGAAACAGUGGACAUUCUGAUGGAGGCUGCAGCUCAUGGAGAAUUUGAUCCCAUGAAAGGUGUAUCUGAGUGUAUCAUGUUGGGACAGUUGGCCAAGAUCGGGACUGGAAGUUUUGAUCUUCUUCUCGAUGCCGAAAAGUGUAAAUAUGGAAUGGAGAUACCUCAGAACAUGGGACCAGGCUUAGGAGGAGGUGCUGGUACCGGAUUCUUCUUUGGUGGGGGAAGCAGUCCUGCAGCAGGCAUGUCUCCACAAAUGACGCCAUGGCAACAAGGUGCCACCCCAGCAUAUGGAACUGCUUGGUCCCCUGGAUUUGGUAGUGGUAUGACUCCUGGUGCAGCUGGCUUUUCUCCCUCGGGUGCUAGUGAGAGUGGUUACAGUCCAGGGUACAGUCCUGCAUGGUCUCCUCAGCCAGGAUCACCUGGAUCACCAGCCAGUCCAUACAUACCAAGUCCGGCUGGGGCCUUGUCACCUAGCUACUCACCUGCAUCACCAGCGUAUGUGCCAUCUUCUCCAGCUGUCACUCCUCAGAGUCCUGGGUACUCGCCAACGAGUCCUUCAUACUCGCCUACAAGUCCAGGUUAUUCUCCGACCUCUCCCAACUACAGCCCUACAAGUCCCUCCUACUCCCCAACCUCCCCAUCAUACAGCCCCACCUCCCCAUCUUAUUCACCAACCAGUCCUUCCUACUCUCCAACAAGUCCUUCGUACAGCCCUACCAGUCCUUCUUAUUCACCCACAUCCCCAUCCUAUUCACCAACCAGCCCUUCUUACAGUCCAACCUCCCCAUCCUACAGUCCUACCAGCCCAUCUUACUCGCCAACAAGCCCGUCCUAUUCCCCUACAUCGCCCUCCUAUUCUCCGACAAGUCCUUCCUAUUCCCCAACUAGCCCUAGCUACAGCCCUACAUCCCCCAGUUAUUCUCCGACCUCGCCAAGUUAUUCCCCGACCUCACCAAGUUACUCUCCAACCUCUCCUUCCUACUCCCCUACCAGCCCCUCUUACUCCCCGACCAGCCCCUCCUACAGUCCAAGUUCUCCUAGUUACUCUCCUUCCAGCCCUAGCUACAGCCCCAGUAGUCCAAGUUAUUCUCCUAGCAGUCCAAAAUACAGCCCAACAAGUCCUUCUUACUCUCCAACCAGUCCUUCCUAUUCACCAAGCUCUCCUCAGUACUCGCCAAGCUCCCCACAGUACUCGCCAUCUUCGCCAAACUAUUCUCCAACAAGUCCUUCUUAUUCACCUAGUAGCCCUAAAUACAGUCCUACGUCGCCCACAUACUCCCCAACUUCCCCCAAAUACACACCCACAUCACCAGAGUACAGCCCAAGUUCGCCCAACUACAGCCCCGGGUAUUCCUCCUUAUCUCCUACUAGCCCUGGCUACUCCCCAGCUAGUCCCUCAUAUUCCCCAACAAGCCCCAAGUAUUCUCCAGCAAGUCCUACAUACUCCCCAAGCAGCCCAAAAUACACACCCACUAGCCCCACAUACACACCAGGAACAGCUACGUCAACGACACCAAAGUAUUCACCAACUAGUCCAGCAUAUUCAGCGGCUGAUGACAGUGAUGAGGACUAGAUCACAUGUCAGAGACUUGUGAAGCAUGGACAUGUAUCUCAUUCUGUGUCAGAGACUUGAAAAAUGUAGACCUGUAUCAUAUAUCUGCAUCAGAGACUGAAGAAGUAAAGAUUCAUAUCUGGUUCUGUGUCAGAGACUUGUGAAGUGUAGACUUGUAUCUGGCUGUGCAUAAUGGAUUUGUGAAGUGUGGAUUCAUAUCUCACUUUGCAAAAAACUCGAAAACUUGUGUGAAAACUUGUAAAUACAUGCAAAAGAAGAAAAACAAACUGAAGGAUCGGGAUAUCUGGAAUGUUAUAUUAACAAGAAUUUAAAACUAAGUGUACAGAAUUAUGUUAACAUUUCUUUUGAAGUGAUUAUGGUCUAAUGGAGUGAGUUUUUUAAAAAAAAUUCACUAAAUUGGAGAGAGUACAACUGUAAGAUUGAAAUACAUAUAGAUCAUGUAGCAUACAGGUAUGAUAAGGUUGGUGCAAUUUAUCAUGUAAAAAAGUUUAAAAACUUACCAUUUUAGGGUACUGGCAUGAUUCAUUUUUGUAAUAAACCACUUCAUUGUUGUAAAAUGAUAAUUGUUUUUCUGUAUCUUUGAAAAGAAUGUUAUCAUAUUUUAUAUUUUUAUUUUUCAAAUUUUCAUAUUUUUUUUUUUACUUGAGAACAACACAGUUGCCAUUAAACAAGAGAUAAUAAUUGAUAUACAAAGGUAUAUUGAGGUGUUUAAAAAUCAGAAACAAGAAAAAAUUAUUCUCUUGUGAUUGUAAAUACUGUUCAAGUUGUUCAUAAAAAGAGAUGUUUUAAACAUCCUUGGUGAGAUAGCGUUUUAAUUUUUUUUGCUUGGAGAGCAAAAGGUUGAUUUGAAUACAAAGUGCAAUUGGUGGAUUGUAUCAGGAAGAUCACUGUAUGUGUUAUCAUUGUAAGUGUUAUGUAAAUAGUGCGAGUCCUCAGGCUGUAUGUGAGUAGUGGAAGUAAAAUCAGGAUAAGUGUAUAUGUGUAUGAUUGUGUCUGGUCUGGUUGAUGUACAAACAUUGAUGUCCUCUGCAGACUUAAAAUUCAGUGACAUCAAUACCCAAAAUUUGCUCAGCACAGCAAAUUGAGAAAGACAACAUUUUUUACAAUUUCAAUGUUGAUCUAUUAAUUGCGAAACAUUUUCUUAACUGAGACAAAUUCAGUUUUUAAGUUAACUGCAUCUAAAAUUGAAAAAAAAUAACUUCGCUUUAUGUUCUCUGGUAACAAUGCCAUUCCUACAUAAUAUUGGGUCAUGUGCUUGUGUCUAAUUAGGUUUUCAAGAGACAAUUGUAAAUAACUUGUGUAUAGUGCAUAAUUCAUUUUUAGGUACUGACAUUUCUGUAUUCAUAAAAGAAAAGAUUUUAAUCACUUUUCAUUCACAGCACAUCAUGUGUGUGUCAUAUGAGUGUAAAAUAUAAUUAUUUUACCAUAGAGUAAAACUUUAUCAUAUAAAAUGGACAUGUUUGAAGAGGUAAACCACUGUAUUGACACAAGAGUAUCACAGACAAGGAGAUCCUCAGAUAUGUUCUUGGUAAUUAGAGUGACAAGACAUCUGAUGGAAGAGUGAUUUGAAGAAUGGUUUAUGGAAAAGAGGAGGGAAAAACCUCCAAAAAAUUGCAGAUUUCAUUUAAUUAUUUUGAAGGACAGAUGAAGAAAGGUUUGGUGAUAUGAUGUAUAUAUACAGUAAUUUAUUGAACAAAUAGAUUUUGCGAUUCAGAAAAUGUUUUUGGUGAUAAGUUUUGUUUUAUUUUGCUUUGAAGUGAAGGAAACGUCAGUUUUAUUAACAUUCUCAGUUUCUUACCUGCAUUGCAAAUGAUGCACAGGUUGCAAUAAACCCUGUAUUCAAAAGGAUUUAAUCAAGUUAAUACACCCUUUGUAAACAAUGGUUUAUCAUGACUUUGUUUAUAGAGAUGUAAUAAAUGACAGAUACAUGAAAAGUUUUGGGCAAUACAGAGAUCACUAAUUGUCAAUAUUGUCAAUUAUGAAUUUGUUUCUAAUUCAGUUUCCUGUGCUAAAUUUGUGUGAACUGAAUAAAAGAAUUUAGAAAUGC